CCUGGUCCAGCUUGAAAUGGAUUCUUCGCUUAGUGAAAAAUUGCUAGGAUUCCGGCAGAUAGCGCAAGAAAAGCUACAACAUGUCUUCUAUUCCAUACCAUCGGAGAAGGAUCUUAUAAUCGAUCCGGCACUGAUCAAACCCUUGGAACACGUUUGUGGCGCAUCGUGGUUAAGGAAGAAAGGGAUCGACAAAAUCUUCAAAUUCGACCCAAAGAAUCCACCGCCAAAGAGGAAACAAUUCCUGUACUUUAUUUCAUCCAGUCUGCUCACGUUCAAGAGUGUGCUGGAUCAAAUCAGCGGGUACCAGAGUCAGACGAGCAGCCUGAUGGAACCGGACAUACGCUACAAACAGUACCACGUCCUAGUAUUUCCCUCCGUGGUGGCCAGCUUCGAGCAUUUGCUCGAGGAAGAGGGUCUCUUCGGCAUCGUGGAGCUGUAUAACUUUCAGUGGGAUUUUCUGCUGCUGGACGAAGCGAUUCUCAGCCUGGAGCUUCCGAACGUGUUUGCCGACGUGUUCGUCCGUAACGACACCACGCUGCUCGGCUCGAUUGCGCAGAGUUUGCGGAUAUUCAAUCUCGUAAUGGGAAAACCUAAUUUGAUUUUUAGCUUCGGAGAGAAUGCGGAGAAAAUACUGCACAUGGUGCAGCGGAUAGAAUCCUCGAAGGCGGGUAACGGGGCGGGAAAGGACACCCAAGGCGCAGAGAAGGAGCCCGAAUUCUCGACUAUGCUCAUACUGGAUCGCGAUCGCGAUUAUCCGGCCUGUUUGCUAACGCCGGUCGUGUACUGCGGGUUGCUGGUUGAGAUACAGACACUAAACUCGGGCUCGCUGGUGGUGGAUGGGGAGAAGAAUAAGAUAAAAAGCGGUAAGCUACCAUUUUUGCAGCUCGACCAGGAACAGCAACAGGCGGCGAAACAGGAAGGUACCAGCUUGCGGAUGAGCGGGGCUCAAGAUAUGAUCUACCGCGAGCACCGCUAUCGUCACUUUUCCGAGACUAUCAGCUUGCUCAGCUCGCAGGCCAAGACACUCGGGCUGGAGGGUAAAGCGUACUCCCGCGAAAUGAAGUUGAGCGAAAUGAAGGACUACGUAACGAACAAACUGCCCAAGGUGGCCGCCGCCAAGAAGGAGCUCUUCAAGCAUCUGCGCCUGUGCGAGACGAUCGUGGAGGAGAUUGGAGCCAACUUCGAGAAGCACCAGAUGAUCGAAGAGAGCAUCCUUACCAACACGAACCGCAAGCAGAUCAUGAACUACAUCGUAGAGCUGUUGAGCAGCGACGCGCACAAGUACAACACGUUGCGCCUCAUCUGCCUCUACCACGUCACGAUCGGGCUAACCGGCGAAGACACGACCAAGCUGAUGACGGGCUAUCUGAACGCAUUCGGCUACCGGCACCUGACCGUGUUCCACAGUCUCUGCCAGGCACGCCUCUUCCCGGACACGACAAAUCUCAGCAAGACGAAAAUGCUCUCACAAAUUUCCAUUCCCACGCUCAAGACACCGUUCCAGAUCGAAGCGAACAAACUGAAACAGCUACCGACCGAUGCGAACGAACAGGCGGCCGGUCCGUCGGUGGUGCCGGAUCAUGAUGCGGUAUCGGCGGCGGGGUCCGGGUCGACUGGAAAGUCCUGCCCGGGGUACGUGUUUAACGGAAACUACAUUCCGCUGGUGACGCAGCUAACGCACAUGAUAUUCGCGGCGUCCAGCUUCGACAAUCUCAACACCCGGCUGGGUCACUUGGAGCGGCUGAAGGUUUCGGGACGAGCGCUGGGUGGCCAGUCCGGAGAGGCUCAGUGGCCACCCCGUACGGUGAAGGAACUCUCUGCCAGCAGCCAUAAGGCGGCCCUGAAUCGACUGCUACCGUUCAAGGGGAAAACGAUGUUUAUCUUCGUUGUCGGUGGAAUCACGUACGCGGAAAUUGCCGCCUGCCAUUUGCUCGAACGUACGAUCGGGGCCAAAAUUGUGCUCUCGUCUGAUAGGAUUAUCGCUGGACACGAUCUCAUCGAGGCCGUUGUCAACUGUUAGAUCCUUACACCAUAUUCCUGAAGAAAGUUUAAAGAACCAAUCGAUCGAAGAUCGAGCCCGUUUCGGAUGAAAAUAAAAAAAAGAUCUGACAAACAGUGUCGUUAUGUACAUGUAUUUUAAUUAUUUAACUACUCCUAGGUCUGUAUAAUAGUACGACUUAAUAUACGUUCGCUUUUCUCUGUGUCUAUAAGAGCAAUUAUGAAUUGUUGUUAUUUCGCCACUAACAUGACGUCUCCAUUUUGUUCUCUGUUUAAAUUUUCAUUUCCUUCGAUAAGACGACAGAUUUCU